CUCGGAUGCCGGUUUUUAGUGUACGGUCAGUCCGGGGCAGAGCGCCAAUGAAGGUGCACGUGAGUCGCGCGCGGAGCUCAGGCGCACGCGAUCGCGAGUGUUCGAAUCACGUUUGAAUUUAGAAAUAUUGGAUUUGUUUUUUUUUGUGCCAGUGACGAUGAGGUGUUUAGUGUUGUUGUUUGUGGUGGCGGUGUGCGCGGGGGCGGCGGCGGCGGCGGCCGGGGCCUCCUGUGCCGCGGCGGAGGAGUACUUCGCGACCCACAACGUAUCAGCUGAUGACAGCGAUAUUCCAGGUCCCACAUGCGGCGGGCACUGCUGCGGGCGGGGCCGCGAGGGCGCGCUGCGGGCGGCGCUGCGGCGGCACGUGGGGACCCGGGCUGCAGCCUCCACUCGCCCCGUGGCCGACCUGCUGCUGGCCACCAGGCGGACUCUUCAAGAGCACCUGACGGAGCUGUCUCACCAGUCACAGAACAAGACGGCGAUAUUCUUCACGCAGAUGUACAAGGGGUACGCGUCGCGCGCGCUGGGCCCGCUCGCCACGCUGUUCCAGGACAUCCGGCUGGUGCUGUCGUCAGCCGCGGGGGAGGACUUCGAGGCGCCGCCGCCGCGGGACCUCGCCCAGAGCGCAAGGAAGUUCUUCGGGGGCGUGUUCCCGGUUGUCUACCACCACGUGCUGAAGCUCGACGGCAAGUGGUUCACUCCGGAAUACGAGGCCUGCGUGUGGGACGUGUACGAGCUCGCGCAGCCCUUCGGUGAAGUUCCACAUCAGUUCGGCGGUUCCCUCUCGCGGUCGCUAGAGGGCGCGCGCUCGCUGCUGCAGGCGCUGGCGCUGGGCGCGGGCGCGCUGGCGGCCGGGGAGCAGGUGCUGGCGCGCGGCAGUGACGACGCGUGCGGCGCCGCGCUGCUGCGCGCUGCCGGCUGCUCGCACUGCCGCGGACACGGCGCCAGGCCGUGCCGGAACUACUGCUUGAAUGUCGCGAGAGGCUGCAUCGGCUCGCUGGUCUCCGAACUGGAGGCGCCGUGGGCGGGCUACGUGGAGGGUGUGGAGCGGCUGGCGCGCGCCACCGACGCCGACGCCGCCCUGCGCGCGCUCGACACGCGCGUGUCAGAGGCCGUCAUGCACGCGCUCGAGAACCACGCCGUGCUGGUUAAGAAGGUGCGUCAAGAGUGCGGCGCCCCGUCCACCACGGCAGACCCUCACUCCGCGCCGCACGUGACCUCCCCCCCCUCGCGCCGCGACGUCCUCCGCGCCCCCCCUCCCGACACCCAGCUGCUCCAGUUCGCCGCCACCCUGGCUGCCAACAAGAAGCUGUUCGCGGCCGCCGCCGAUAGCUUGUGUGAUGAGGAUCUGGCUGAUGAGGAUAAUGAGGGCUGCUGGAAUGGAGAUAGUGUUGGCAUGUACACCAAGGCGCUGGUGGCGUCCUCGUCGCUCAGCGACCAGCGCUACAACCCGGAGGUGGCCGGCGGCGCGCCGCAGGACCCGCAGGUCGCCGUGCUCGCCGACAGGCUGCGACAGGCCAGACAGGUGUUGAUCUCGCACACGUCGGGUGGCGCGCCGGUGGCGGAGUCGUUCAUGCAGGGGGACGAGGCGGGGGACGGGGACGGGGCGGGGGGCGAGGGCUCGGGCUCCGGCCGCAGCGCUGACGACGACUACGACGCGGAGGGCUCGGGCGAUGAGGGCUCCGGACACGGCAUCGAAGGAGACACGCGCACAAGGAACUACCCGAUCGACGCGAGUGAGCCGAAGGUGGCCGGGUCCCGCGCAGCGCCCGCCCCGCUCGCCGCCGCCUGCACCCUGGCCCUCCUCGCCGCCCUCAGCCGGACCCUCACCUAAGAGCCAGGCUCUAGAACUUUCCACUAAGGCCGAGCGCCUAGUCCCAUAUCAGUGUAAAGUGUCGCCGGACUUGAGUUAUGAACUUAGUGCAACUUCGCGCCGCCGCGUCCGAGUGCGGGCCACUCCGCCGCUAGUCCUCAUGGAGACGUGAACAUGUGCACUUCAUGCUUCCGUCAGCACAUCAACUGAACGCCGAAUCUCGUUCUCAUGCAGCAUAAUGUUAAACCUGUGUAUAAUUUCACGCAUUUAUCACAACUAUUUUAAAUGAAGUCUGCAAUGUACUCACUACAUAUCACUUUGUUUACUUCGUUUUGUAGAUAAUUUAGACCUUGAUGUCGAUCUAUCGGAAAAUCUUUACAAUGUUCACUUAUCUGCAUUUAAAGUUUUUAAACGAUUUAUAUAAUUUUAUUGACAUUAUAGUUGAAGUAUUGUAUUUAUUUAAAACGAGAAUAUCGUUAGGUAUUAGCUGAUUGGCAAUAAAUUGAAGUUUUAGUAAUGUUUAGGCAAAAGUGAUAUCUGAAAAUAAGAAUUGAGUGUACAGAGAUGUAAAUACCUUUUAACCUACAACAAGUCUAGGUGCUUAGCUAGUAAAUGUUAUUUUGUUGCCAUAUUAAUAUUACGAAUAUUAAUUUAUAUUACCUAAUUAAGUUCUACAAUAUAUUAUUAUUCUAUCUAUAUUAUGUGAUACAAAUUAAGUAAUUUAGUUCAUGCACUGAAAUACAGACCUUUCAUAUUUAUUGUAUUUGUUUGCAAAGUGCAUUAGGAUUAGGUAAGUAAUAAUAAAAAAAUAAAUUAAGCAAAAUACAAAUGUAACAUUUUAUCACUAUUUAGAUACCAGUUAACUCCAUGUACAAGGCCUAUUUCAAUGAAUGUACUGCUUUAUUUAUAUACUUACCUGCCACAUACAUAGUUAACUAUCUGGUAAAUAUAGGUUGGUACAUACUAUAGAGCUGUACAAUAUUUUACUCUUCUGCAAGGUUUCUAUCAGUUCUAAAUAAAUUAGAAACAUAUACUAGUUACUUUUAUAAGCCAGAAUCAAACAAAAUAGGAGUACUAUAAUGAUUUGUAAAUUGCUUUAAACGAUAGAAAUUUAAUAUAAUAUUUGCCAUCAUGUAAUGGUGGAAGUGUGGGAGAUUCUGUAAAUGUAUUUAGAUGAUACCGGGAUGCCGCGGCGAGUGUGGACCAGUGAGAUAUGAAUUAUUUAUCCGGGAAAUGGAAUAGACAUGUCAAAUGUGUGGAUUGUGAACCGUGACGGUGAACCAGCGGUGAACGCAUGUCCAAGCUGACUCUGAAAUAGAAACUUUGUGUACCUAUCCAAACACCUAGGUAUUUUUUAUAUAUUUCUUCUUCUUUCUCUCGAAAGUAAAAUAUGUUUUCAAAUCUUGACUUCUGUAAUAGACAAUUUAGCACAAAGUUUACAUAUUACCUAUGUAUUUUACUAUAUUGUUCAUACGAGAUGUAUUUUAAUGUUUUAUCGUGUAUUUCAUAUUCUUUCCCAUAACUACACUACAGCUCCAAAAAUAUGGCUAACAUAUUUCUAAAAUGGAUUGUAUUGUAUGUUGAUAAUUAUAAUUAAUUUUAAUAAUUCCCGGAAUAUAUUAUUAUUGUAAAUAUUGUUGAAGCGAUGAGUGUGAUUGAAUCAAUUGCUGUUAUAUCUGAGUAUAUCUUGAAAUAAACUCUGUAACAUAAAUA